AUGAAAAUAUUUAUUCUAUUUUCACUCAUCCUAUUCAUCAACUCAGCAGACGUUCAAACAUGUCUAUGUUCAAAUCUAUAGACAAAGUACGACUGCGAAAAUGCAGUCAAAUUUUAGGCAGCCAGCCAAGAUUUGUUUGAUCUUAAAGUUUGUAUUUGGAACGAAGGAUAAUGCUUGGAUCUCCUUAAAGAUGUUGUAGUUCCUUGUAGUGCGCUUGAUUAAAAAAUAUGUGGAAAUCUACCUUCAUGUGCAUGGUAUAAUGGCGCAUGUCAGACAUUUACCAAAUGUUCAGAUUACUAAUUUGAGAAAAGUAUUCUAUCUCAAUCUUGUGAGGGAAUUAAUUGUUUAGAUAAUGGCACAUCCUGCACUUUUGAUCUAAUUGGACGUGGUGAAUAAUCAUGUGAACAAAUAGCCUUUGAAGAAGAUUGCCAAAGAAUGUAUAUAUUAUAUAAGAAAACCAUAUGUAAUUGGAAUGGGUCUGCAUGUGUUGGUCAAUCAUUAUCAUCUUGUUCAAGUUUAACAGAAAAAUAAUGUUUAUAAGUCAAUUCCUAAUGUGCUUGGAAGAAUAAUUCAUGUGUAAAAAGAACAUGUGAAGAUGGACAAUAUUCAUCCUUUGUAUAAGAAGGAGUCAAACUAUGUUCAAGUUACUUAGAUAUUGAAACUGAUUAGGUUAUGUACUGUGAAAUAAGCGAAGAUGGAUAGUGUGUAACAUCUGAUCCUGAAGAAUUAGGUAGGAAAGAUUGUUAUUCAUAAUCCUUUUAAUAAUAUACUUGGUAUCCAGGAGAUCAAGAAUGUCAGAAGUGCCAAUCAUGA